AGACACCUCCUCACAUAAACACUACCAACUCGGUCUCAAUACUCUCAACAAAUUGAGUGUCCUUGAUUUCCUCUUCACAAUUUCUCAAAUCUCUACUCAUCAAGAUCUCUCAUUUUCUCCCUAAACCUCUACAAAUCUGUGUUCCAGUCAAGGGUUUUCUAGGGUUUUAGUUAUAAACACCCCUUUCUUUAAGUAAAAUUUCACGAAAUCAAAUGUUACUGAAACAAUGAUGAUGAACAAACCAAAGAAAAUCACGGAGUGUAGUAAUUGCACUUCCAUACAGAAAUGGGUUCUUCAUAACAUCCGUCACAGAGGUGAUAUUCGUAAAUUCUGUACUUCUUGUGUAUUAAAACUUCAUCCUGGUCUAUUUUGCCCUAAUUGUUUUGAAGUUUAUGAAACUUCAAAUCUUUCUUCUUCAAUUCCUAUUACUAGUACUAAUCGUGUGACGUGUUUGAAAUGUCCAUCUGUUGUUCAUCAUGAUUGUAUUAGUAAAGAUAUGGUCAAUCGUUAUGUUUGUCCUACUUGCUUAAACCCUAAUUUCGACUUUGUCGAUUUGGGGAAACCAUUGAGUGAUUCUAUUCCUAGUAGUCGUGUGAUUGAUUUGAAUAAAGCAAAAGUGUUUCUUGCUGCGGCUACGAUAUCCUCUGUGUCUAUGGAAAGGGCGGCUUUGACUCUUAGAGUAGAAGCUGAAAAGAGAGUAAAGGAAGCUGCUAUAGCUAGAAAGAUUGCGAAAGAUGUGUUGGAGAAUGUUAAUGUUGUUGCCAUGGAAGAAAAGGAAAAGAAAGAUAUGAACAUGGAAGUUGGUGGUUCGAGUUCUGUUGUGGUUGCAGUGGAGGAAGAGAAGAAGGAAAAGAAACCAAAAGGAAGUAGAUAUGCUGUUGAGAAAUCGAAAGGAAAUAGUGCUGUUGCUGCUGCUGUUGCAGCCCAAAAACGGUUUCAAAGUCAAGUUUCUCUGGCUUUAACUGAUGGGAAAGGGAAAGAUAAAUCUCGUGAUGGUUUUGGGUCCAGAGAAAUAGAGACGCCGAUACAGUUCUAUUCUCCUCCACCUCCAGUUCAAAAGCCGCUGUCAAAUGGUGUUUUGGGGAAUCAACAAGCUCAGAUCUCAGGUGCAACUCUGCUGGGGAAGGAGAAAAAUGGGCUAAUUUCAUUCGCUCAUGGUGUUAAACAAACCCAAGGAAAUUCGAGUGAAGGUGAGAAAGUGGAUAUGUUCCAAAAUCUGAUGAAGGAGUUCAACAUCUCAACAGGUCUUCAAAAAAAGCAAGCUAAUGGUUUGUAAGUUACCAGCUUCCAUUUGCAUGAUGGAUGACAUGUUACGAAGUAGGUAUUUGAUUGGAAGGUUAUUGUCCUCAUUUUGCAACAGGCGCCAUAUAUGCAGUUCAAAGAGCUUUUUCCAUCUUUAAUAUUUCUGAAUUCAAGACCAAGCUGUUGCAAUGGAUGUAUGGAAGUGGUGGUGGUGGCAUAGAUUUACUGCAUCAAAGGUCGAGCACGGGUGGGGAUGUUGAAACUAGAUGCUUGAAUACCUAAGUUCAUAACUUGUUUAGUAGAUGUGAGUCCUGAAUCUAACCAAAUCCCGGAGGUACUACUACUGUGUUUGAGGAAGCUUUUCUACAAACAAAACAAAACCUGUCAGUUAGGCAGUGCAUUUGCCUUUUAGCAUAUUAACCACGGUUCCAGAUUCAUUGACCGUGAUGCAUGUAUCCAUGAUUCUGGUAAAUAUAACAGGUUAGAAUUGUAAUGAACAUUAAGAAUCAAAUCAUUUGCGCAGCAUUUCAA